UGGCGGUGAGCUGCGCCGGGAGAGGACUAGGGUGGGUCGGUGACGUCGGAGGUGGCACAGUGUCUGUGGCCGGAGAAGGCCGAAGGGACGGACAAGGAGGCCGGCACCGAGACACCGAGGAGGGCCGAGCCAGGCCAGGCCAGGCCGGAGCCCGGGAGGCGGAGGCCGGGGACCAGCCCGGGGGAGCCGGUCCUGGGGCGCAGACCCCGGGCCCCGCGGGCGGGGACAGCCCCAUGGCCGUGGCCGCCGCCCUCCCGCCGCCGCUGCUGCUGCUGCUGCUUCUGGGAGCCGGUGCCCAAGACUUGAAGGUAGAGGUGACUCCUGAGGUGCGGGGGCGGCUGGGGGGCACCGUGGACCUGCCGUGCCGCCUGCUGCCUACGGGGCCAGAUGUCAAGGUGUCUCAGGUGACGUGGGUGCGCUGGGACAGGAACGGCAGGAGCUACAGUGUGGCUGUCUCUCAUCCUGAGCACGGAGCCAGUUUCCCUGACCCCGAGGCCGAUGGGCAGCGGCUGAAGUUCCUCUCGGCCGGGUCGGUGGGUGAGGCCGCCCUGCGCGAUGCCACCCUGCAGGUGCGGGAGCUGCGGGCUCAGGACCAGGGCAAUUACACCUGCGAGUUCGCCACCUUCCCUCGGGGCAACAGCAAGGGGGCCACCUGGCUCAGAGUGGAGGCUGCACCCCAGAAUCAGGCUUGGGCCCAGGAGGUGACGCAAGGCUCGGUGCCCGCCACUGUCGCCUUCUGUGUCUCCUCUGCGGGCCUCCCGGCCGCCCGCCUCUCCUGGUCCACAUCCCUCACCCACAAAGCCAAGGUCACCCAAGAAGAGCUGUCCAAUGGCACCAUCACCGUCACCAGCCAACUCACCCUGCUGCCCACCCGGGAUCUCCAUGGGCAGACCGUCACCUGCAAGGUGGAGCAUGAGACCCUCCAGGAACCCCAGAUUCUGCCCGUCACCCUCGCCGUACGCCACCACCCCGAGGUCACCAUCUCCAACUAUGACGAUAACUGGUUCAUCGGCCGCAGCGAUGCCACUCUAAACUGUGAUGCCCAGAGCUACCCAGAGCCCACAGUCUACAACUGGAGCACGCUGUUGGGCCCCCUCCCCUCAACAGUCGUGGUCCAGGGCUCCCGCCUUGUCGUUCACACCGUGGACAGUCUGGUGAACACGACCUUCGUGUGCAGUGCCACCAACGCCGUGGGCACUGGGCGGGCCGAGCAGACCAUCCUGGUCAGAGAGAACCCCAACCCGGCCGGGGCCGGGGCCACCGGGGGCAUCAUCGGUGGCAUCAUUGCAUCCAUCAUAGCCAUGGCCGUGGUUGCCACCGCAGUCCUCAUCUGCCGGCAACAGCGAAAGGAACGGAGUCCCGAGGGACACUCUGAGGAGGACGACAGCCUCGGGGGGCCUCCUGCCUACAAGCCCCCACCUCCCAAGGUGAAGCUGGAGGAACCCGAGGUGCCCCUCCAGCUCUUCUCCCUAGACAACUGUGAGCACUCCCCCCUGAAGACCCCAUACUUUGAGCCAAGUGUCUCCACCACAGAACAGGAUGCUCCUCGCUACCACGAGCUGCCUACGCUGGAAGAACGGGUCGGGGGAUCCGGGCUGAGGGGCCCGGUGCCACAGGAGCCCGGGGAGGAGGAGGAGGAAGACGAUGAAGACGAUGAUUAUCUGGACAAGAUCAACCCCAUCUACGACGCGCUGGCCUUUGCGGCAGCCGAGGCCUACCAAAAAGGCUUCGUCAUGUCCCGGGCCAUGUACGUGUGAGUGGCCGGGGAGGCUCCGGGCAGGGGGUAUAUCUCCUCUGAACCCCCCACUCCUCAGGGCUACUGAGCGGGCCUCAUGGGGCGUCCUCUCCCGCCCACAAACGCUCUCGUUACCAGCCCCGGCUCUCAGCCGUCCCCCGUGUCCUCUCUCCCUCCCAGCCCCAUGGGUCUUCCUCUGCUCCCGGCCCUCGUGACCUCAUCCCUUGGUGCUUCUGCUCCUGAUCUGCCCAGCCCCCCGACCCUCUCCCCUCUGUGCCGCUCCAACCUGAGCCUUCCUUCAGCGGCAGAGAGCCCUCGCUCUCUCCCCGAGCCAUCCCCUCCCUCUCUGUUGCUCCAACUUGAACCUUCUUACUGCAGCAGGGAGUCCUCCCCACCGCCCAUCUGCUCUCUCCCCAACCUUCUCCCGUCCACCUGCGGCCUUUUAAGCUUCUCCCGCAGGCGGGAGAUUUGGGGUCUGGACUCCUUCCACCCUGCCCCUGCUUCCAACCCCUGAGGGUCCUGGGCAGACCCUGCUGCUCCUCAGGGGGUUGGGCCCGGUGCCUUAAGGAGACACUCGACACUGUAAGCCAUCCCCUACUCUCCCUUCUCCCCCCGACCAAACCCCUGUAAACUGCUCCUCCAGGUGGCUUGUUCACCCCUCUCCCAAUCCAGAGUGGACAGGGAGAGAGGUCUAAGCCAACCAUUAUUAACAUGAUUGACUAACUUCCCUGAGCCACAGUGCGAGGAGGACUGGGGACUAAUCUUGAAGAUUUGGGGAAGGGAGAAUCAAAGUGGUCUAACCCACUAGCCACUAAGGGAAAGACAGAGGGGAAUGGCCUCAGGGUGUGUCCCAUCCCACUCCGCAGAAUUGCACAGGUUUGUCACUGGUGUUUCCUACAAAAUACAUCUUUGUACUCUGA